CGGCGGGCGGGCCGUGGGCGGGCCGGAGGCGGGGCUGCUCGCGCAGGCUGGUCGACCGAGACGCGACUCCGGGGGCCCCGGGGCCCAGUGACCAGGCGCGGGGACGCGGGGACGCGGGGCUGGAGCCGUGGCCCAAAGCGUCAUCGGGGCCCGGACGGCGUGGCCCGGUUGCUUGUCGGUCCUGAGGCUGGAGGGGCCCUCCGAACCGAGGGCUCACUCCCACCUGCGAGGCAGCCCCCUCCAUGGAGCCUGGCAGCGUGGAGAACCUGUCCAUAGUCUACCAGAGCAGCGACUUCCUGGUGGUGAACAAGCACUGGGACCUGCGCAUUGAUAGCAAGACGUGGCGGGAGACCCUGACCCUGCAGAAGCAGCUGCGGCACCACUUCCCAGAGCUAGCCGACCCUGACACUUGUUACGGGUUCAGGUUCUGCCAUCAACUGGACUUCUCCACCAGUGGGGCACUGUGCGUGGCCCUUAACAAGGCAGCUGCAGGCAGCGCUUACAGAUGCUUCAAGGAGAGGCGAGUCACCAAGGCCUACCUGGCACUGGUUCGAGGACACGUCCAGGAGAGCCGGGUGACCAUCAGCCAUGCCAUUGGCAAGAACAGCACUGAGGGCCGGACCCACACCAUGUGCAUCGAGGGCACACACGGUUGCGAGAACCCAAAACCGAGUCUCACGGAGCUGGUGGUCCUGGAACAUGGACUGUAUGCUGGCAACCCAGUGUCCAAGGUGCUGCUGAAGCCACUCACAGGCAGGACUCACCAGCUGCGUGUGCACUGCAGUGCCCUGGGCCAUCCCAUCGUGGGCGACCUGACUUAUGGGCAGGCUGAGGGCCAGGAGGACCAGCCCUUCCGAAUGAUGCUGCAUGCCUUCUACUUGCGCAUACCUACACAGGUUGAGUGUGUGGAGGCCUGCACACCAGACCCCUUCCUGCCCACACUGGACGUAUGCUGGAGCCCACAUACCCUGGUGCAGCCACUUGACCAGCUCGUCCAGACCUUACGGGCUGCCUCUGACCCUGACCCCAUGGACAGUGGCCUUGGGCCCCAUAGCCCCUCCACACUGCUGCCCGAGCCAGGUCGGCCGCCUCCUGAGACUGAGGCACAGCGAGCCUCACUCCUGCAGUGGCUAUCAGAGUGGACACUGGAGCCAGACAACUGAGAGCCAUUGGGCUGUGCAGUGGGUGCCAGGCUCAGUGGCAGGUUGUGGGGAGGGACUGGCAGGGCUGACAGGACACCAGGUAGCCAUGGUAGCUGGAGGAUUGGGGCUCAGGCUGUGGAACAGAUACCUAACUGGGGAGGCUUCCUCCAUGUCCCCCGGGGAAACGGAGGCUCUUCCUGGGAUGGCUUGCUUUUCUGGAGAUGCACUCCUGGGCCUGCACCUCACAGACUUGCCCAGGCCACCCAGCAGGGAGGGGCAGAGCCGAGCUCUGGCCAGGUUCUACCUCCAGGGCAGGCUUUUCCCUGGCCCCUCCAGGCCUGGGCCCCGGCCAGCCCGUCUCUUACAUCCUGAGGCACUCUGCUGCACUCUGCUGCACUCCGCCCCUCUGGUUCCCAGCCCAGCUGUGCCUUCUGUGCUGUCUCAGGCCUGGCCUGGCCUUCACGCUUUGCUUUCGCUGCACUCUGCUGCCGGCCUCGCCCUCCCCCGCUGUGUCUGGAGCAGCGGGUGUUGGGGGCUUCAGCAGAGGCACCCCCACACAGGCCCCUCCCCUGGGAACUGCCUCUGCUGCAGGGUCCCGCCACGCCAGCACCUGCCUGGAUCGUACACAACCGAGGGAUGUCAGUCUCUACCUUCGGGGACAGCACAGCCCGACUUCACCUCCUGUCCCCCACACCUUGGCCACACCACCCUGGCAGCAGCUGGAUUAGGAUUUGGAAUAAAUUCUCAG